AGAGACUAGACAUCUGUGGUCCAGUCGUCGACUCAUCGGUGACAACACUGCCAAGAAUGAUGAAGCUCUUAUUCGUAAGCACAGCCACCCUGUUGCUGGUGAUGGCGGCCGGACAAAAGACCGACACUGUAAAGAAGCCGAAGCAGGCAUGGCUGCUGGCGCCUCUUCUCAGCAAGGCUUCCAGGGACAUAGGCUCGGAGGAGCUGAACGCGACUGUAGAGGCCGCCUCCAACCGCACCCGCGCCAACGACACCAGCGCUCAGCCUAAGCUAUACUACGACAUGUGGGAUAAGGAGGCUAGGGGACUCUGGACCGAGGUACUCGGAGAACUCGUGCCCCAUGUCAUUCCCAUCGUGAGGCCGUACGCAGAAGAUAUCCUCCACCACGUCUUCGGCAGGACCUCGCUGCCGUACAUCUCAGCCGUAGACCAGACCAGCCUCUCCUUCCUCUCCAAGCCGUCUGCUCCUGGCGUGGUCGCCUCUCCCGGGGUGCCGUACAUCUACCACGUGUCCUCGCCUGCCGCCUACCAGCCUGCCUACCAGCCUGCCUACCAGCCCGCCUACCAGCCCUACCAGGCCGCCUACCAGCCUGCUGUCUCCCUGCUGGCGCCCUCUCUCGGCCCUUCAGAGACCCGCCCCGGGGUGUCGCUCCAGCCAAUCACAUACAAGGCCAAGGGCCGACGUGUGUGCUUUCCACUUCCUUUUACUUGCUUCUGAGAUUACAAGAUCUCAAUAUCCACUUGAAGAAAGAGAGAAUUCAUGUGUACUCGUGGUGGAAUUAUUAAAACGUGCUGAAUUCUA